ACAUUCGUCUCCAUAUAACUGGAGUAUAAGGAUGUAGCGAAUAGAGGUGUGGGAGGCGUAGGAUUACCAUGAUAUCAAAAUUGAGUACUUUGAAAAUAAGCGAUAAACAAAUGUGAUGUUUUUGUAGCAACACCGAUGCAGUUGCAGUAUUAUAGUGACCAGCAAGGCUUGAUUAUAGUAUCAGACUUCGACACAUAUCACUUACUUGUAUCACUUAUUUUCUCUCUCAAGACUCGUACCGGGAUGUGGCGACGGAGCGGGCCUAGUGCCAGUGACGCUAUGGUUCAAGAGACAAAGAAACUGUUUAUGGAAGAGCAGGUCAUCUAUAAAUUUGAGUGUCAGCCAGUUGUGGAUACAUAUAACCAGAAGAGAGAGGCUGUGAAGAAGGAAGCCCAGCAUGUCGCCGGUCUAUGUUUAUUCAUAGACUACCGCCCUAUUGCAGCUCACAAAUCCUCACGUCCCCCUUGGUGAUGAUUCCAAUUGGGACUCCCAAGUUCGUGCCGCUGAAUGACAUGUUGAUCGAUCAGAAUCUAGCAACACCCCCGGUACCUACUCCUUUGUCUGGAGGAAGAGGGAGAACGACCCAUAGCGCUUCGACUUCACUGCAAGUCCUGGUGUCAAGGAGUACUCUGAAGAACUGGAAAAGUUUAAUUCAGGAAAAGAAGAAGAAGAAGAAGAAGAAAAAAGUGAGAACCUGAAAAUUUUCCUGUGGACCAUUGUUGUAAGGGAUUUUUUUUUUACUGAUUAAUUAAGGUUAUCUAACACAUUUGAGGACAUGAGUUCCUGAUUAUUUGGCCAUAACUUCCAACAAGGGCAAUUUUCAUAUGAGGCCAAAUCAAACAGAAGUGACAGCAGGCAGUGGUAAAUUUUACUGUUGUUUACACUUCAUAAAACAGAGAUUUACUGGACAGGCUUCAGAGUGGAUACACAUCCUCCUAAAGAGAGGACUCUACAAAUCCUUAAAACAAUUAAGAUGUGUGUCUACUUCUAAAAGUUGUGAUUGAUUAUGUAACAAAUUCAUUUUCUAAUAAGUAAAUAUUCAUAAACACA